AUGGAAGGUUGUUGCUCUAGAUGCCAUUUUGAACAGAAAGAUGAAACUAAUAAGUACCGUUUUAUCGAUGGUGGACAAUACCAUAAUUUUUCGGAUUCAAUGUAUUUUCUCGCAAAUGACGAUGAAGCAGCUUAUCAUUUAAGCAGAUAUCAUGAUGAUAUGGCACAACAAUAUCCCAAUUCAAAAUUCGUAGGAAUUGAUAUAACUCCAAUACAACCAACAGAAGUUCACGAACAAUUCAUGUUUGCCGCUUUUACGGAAAUACAAUGGAAAGAGAAAGUUAUUCCAGAAAUGAUAAGGUUAGCUCAGCCAGAUGGAAGGAUUGAGAUUCUAGAAGCUGAUUGUGGCGAAUCUGGAAUGAACCCUAUGAUUGGAAAAGAAAUUCCACACAGUUUUGAAAAUACAAACGCGUUUUCAGAAAUCAAAACUCAACAAAAAACUAUAAAUCUUAGUAAAAAAUAUGGUGAGUCUUCGGAAGAUGACAUCGUGCCCGAAUCUCAUGAUGCUCUCGUAGAAACAGUAUCUAUUGAGGCGGAAAAACAUCCUACUUAUUUUUAA